AUGGCAGAGCGUGCUUAUAAUAGAAUUUGUGCAACCAUUCAGAUCACCGGAGAGAAUUGUGAUCCCAUUCGGCCCAGAAGGCAACCCGCCUUGUUGUCAACCGAUUUUAUUGAUAACAGUGUGGGACGUAAUAUGCCUUCUUUGGACGUACUAUAUCAGCCGACCCCUCGGAAGGCAACGCUACAAGAGCAGAACAAAUACUUUGCGAGAGGUCUGGAACUCUUAGCCGAGAAGAUAGAGCCAACCUUAUUGUACCGUCCUCGAACAACCAGCGAGAAAGGAAGCGCAAGCAUCGAGAGUAAAAACAAUGAAAAUAUUACAAUGGAGCUCGGAGCCUGCUCUAACCAAAGUACAAUUGGCGAACUGCAGACAUCCUUUGGGAAAUUGUUCAGAAUCGGUACCAUGGGAGACGUUACGUGGAUAACGGAAAUCCCUUGUCCUACCCAAGAAGUUAGGAGGACAAUCGAAAGUCAUGAAUCCAUGUCUCAGGAGUCAAAAUACUGUAAUGGUCGUGUAUUUAUGUGGGAGGAUAUGAUGCAAGUUUUGUGGCCAAUAGGAGAUUCUUUGGAAGAGGUGAAAUUGAACCAUGGAAAAGAUAAAUUGUUCUGGGUUGUGGAGGAUGAUGUAAUUGUAUAUGAGUUCGAACCACCAUCUGAACAUGUAUACACCACUACAGAAAAGGGAAAGAACAAAAAAUUUAAGAAAAAAAAGCACCAAAAACGUCAUUAA